AUGGCACACACGAACUAUGAUCAUUCUAUUGAACUUCUUAAUUCUUCUCGUCGAACAGGUCGAAGUCAAAGUGCAAUGCAAGCUCAUCGUGGUGAUGUACCAAGCAAACACGAUGAAUAUUUGAUUCAGUUACAAGAACGAAAUCGACUUCUAAAAGCGUAUCAAACGCAGCGACAACCGAAAAAUAAUGACUUGAAAAAGCGUGAGACUGGCUUUCAGUUAUACCUAAAUGGAGCACACAGUGUACAAAAACGACGGCCAACAUCUAUAACCACUGGUCCAUCCAAUCGAACUGUGACUUCUUCUCCCUAUUUCUCUGAUUUUUCAUUUCCAACUCCAUCGAACACUACUCAGCAAACAAAUUCGCUACCAACAAAUGGUCGUCGUCACUGGACGCCGUCGACAAAAACAAAGAUAAAAACAGCUGAUGGUUCUAUUAUAGCUGAUAUUGAUCAAACUCCCCUUCCCAAUAGUAAUCCGCAAUUACCACAAUCUAAAUCUCUAUUUAAUCAACGACAAUUUCAACAAGUCACAUCUAAACGUGCUGUGAAAUCAGCUGGAACACCGAGUGAAGCAUUGCCGAAAUCUGCAUGGAAUAAUCAAGUUAUCGAACUAAACGCCAGUCAGAUAAGAGCUACUGGAUUGAACAAUCAAGUGUCAUUCGAUCAAAUGAAACCAGACAGUAUCGAUCAAAGUUGGAUGCCAAAUUGGUUUCAUAAAACCAAGAUAGACGAAGAUAUACAAGAAUAUGCUUCCGAUUUUGAGGAAUCUCCGGGAUCUGAUAAUGAGGAGGAGGAGGAAGAAGAAGAUAAUCAUCAAUUACUCAGUCGAGUUUCUUUAUCUUUCGAUGAUAUUCCAUCUCUCGUCAAACUGUCAAUAUUGUCUGAGCAGAGCAAUGAUGAUGAUGAUGAGAAGAAGAAGAACAAGAAGAAAUCUGACAACGAGAAUUCUUAUCUCUCGUCAUUGGUUGGCAGAAAAACACGUGCCUUUACGCAAAUGAGUCGUCGAGAUACACCAAAACAUCCGAUUCCAAGUCAUUUUAAUCUCCCGAAAGCAGGUGGCAAUCGAUCGGGAGCACGGAUGGUCGGAGGCGAUCUGACCAAGAACAAUAACAAGUACUUCAAUAAUCAACAAGUAAUCACCGGUGGAACAAGACACAAAGCAAGAGUAGUGGAUAGUCUCGAUCUGGAAAACUUUCUUCAGCCAAAAGAAGUACAUAUUGAUUCUGAAUUUGAUGAUGAUGACAAAGAAAGUAAAUAUCAGGAAUCAUCCAAUAGAUCAGAACCGUUUGGUGAUGCUUGUUCCAACGAUCGUAAUCGAGGACAUGCCGAUUGGCUGGAAAAUUCGAUGACACAGAUUGAUAUAUUCAGUCGACGACACCGUGGAAUGCUUGAAAACGAACGAAUUGAAGACUAUUUUUCUCAUAAUCAUUCUAAACAUCAUUAUGAAAAUGAUGAAGAACAUUUUACAAUACCGGAAUUACCUGAGGGUGAACAGCUAGUUUUUAAUUUGAAAUCCACAUGGGGAGAUCGUCAUUAUGUUGGUCUGAAUGGUAUUGAAAUAUUUUCUAGCGAAGGCUAUCCUGUUAUGAUUAAAAAAAUUACUGCGGAUCCAGCAGAUAUCAAUGUUCUACCAGAAUAUGGCAGUGAUCCACGAGUCGUCAGUAACCUAAUUGAUGGAGUGAACAAGACUCGAGAUGAUAUACAUAUGUGGCUUGCACCGUACACAGAUGGACGAAAUCAUUUCAUCUACAUUACAUUUGAACAUCGAGUGCACAUUGCUUUGAUCAGAAUUUGGAACUAUAACAAGAGUCGGAUACAUUCGGCGCGUGGCGCAAAAGAUGUGGAGAUAUCUCUGGAUGGCCAUACAAUAUUUACAGGAGAAAUUAGUCAAGCUUGUGGAAAUAUCAACGCGACAAAUGAUCCAUCUGCUUAUGGAGAGACGAUUCUAUUCACAACGGACGAGGAAAUUUUGGAAAAAAUUUCCACAUAUGAUGAGAUGUAUGUUGAUCAAGAAGCAGUUCAAGAUGACGACGAGAGCACACAAACAAAUAGCAAACGACCACCUACCGCUGGCACAGAUGUACGUCCGAUGACACGUGCGAUGCUGCGAAGACCUUUCACAUCGUUUCGACAAUCAGAGGCUAAUGAAAUUCCUGAAUAUUACGGAAAGAAAUUGAUUUUAACUAUAACAGAUACCUGGGGUGAUCGCAAUUACUGUGGUUUGACUGGCAUCGAAGUUGUUGACAUCAACGAUGCUGAUUGUGUCAUAAAAUCUUACGAUGCUCGUCCUCGUGAUAUAACUGUUCUACCAUCAAAUGCUAAUGAUGUUCGGACGCUUGACAAAUUAUUUGACGGCGAAAAUGUUACUUGUGAUGAUCACCAUAUGUGGUUAUGUCCGUUCAGUAGUAAAGAAAGAGUGCGCAUUAUGAUUAUGUUGAGUGUCUCAAAACGAUUGCAUGGUUUACGCAUAUGGAAUUAUAACAAAUCAUCUGAUGAUACUUAUCGAGGCGUCAAACGUCUUCAUGUACAAUUGAACGAUAAAAUUAUUUCACCAAAACAAGGUUUUCUACUACGACGUGCACCUGGCCACUGCUUUUUUGAUUUCGCCCAGGAAAUUGUCUUUGCUCACGCGAAAACAAUGAUCGAAGGCGUACCCAGACAAACGCAGAAAAAACAUAUGCAGCAUACAAAUCAAAAUACAGACUCAGAUAUAUCAAUGCCAAAUGGAUUUAUUUAUGAAUUUCAACUUCAUUCUACACACGGUGAUGCUUUCUAUGUUGGAUUAAAUGGUUUAGAAUUUUAUGAUGAACACGGCGAAUCGAUCGGCCUGACUGAACAAAAUAUUGCUGCUUAUCCACAUAGUGUCAAUGCACUCAAUGCAGGCACUGAUGAUGACGUGCGCACGCCGGAUAAAUUGAUUGAUGGUGAGAAUCAUGAAACUGAUGGAACACAUUGUUGGAUAGCACCGAUUCUCCCGAAUGUCAUCAAUCGAAUUUUUGUCAUUUUUGAUCGACCAACAUCUGUCUCGAUGAUUAAAAUAUGGAACUAUGCUAAAACGCCCAAUCGUGGUGUACGUGAAUUUUCUCUACUUGUUGACGAUUUACUUGUUUGGACUGGUAUAUUAGAUAAAAUGAAUGAGAAUGACUAUGAUCGUAAUACAGGACAAGUGCCUUUCAAUACAAUUCUUUUCUCAAAUGAGAGACUUUUGACUGAAGAUGAAAAGUAUACUGUUCUAGAAAAUAAAAAUGCAUCAGAUAAUGUUUCAAAUCAGGCAAUAAUUCGAGAUCAAUCUGUUGAUUAUUCAAAACGGCCGACAACAUCAGUUCCUCGACAGAAUCGAAAACGCUAG